UUUGGUGUUAUUUUAAGCAAUCCCUUUGAUUGCUUAUAGGUGGUUUGUGCGUUAAUAUGCCGCCCAUACUCUCUGACUUUCCGCCAGAUAAAUAACUAGUUUCACAAAACGUGCCUCGGGCGACACUCGGUGUAAAAGAUUCCCGGAGAGAGAGAGGAGCCCGUUCGCAUUUCGCCGUUGGUAGAAAACAAUGGAGACAGAAAUUGAGCAGCAGGAGGGAGACACUACGUUCAGCAACACAGACACUAACGGUAAACGCCCUGCUGAGGACAUGGAUGAAGAACAGGCCUUCAAGCGCUCUCGCAACACAGACGAGAUGGUGGAGCUCCGCGUGCUGCUGCAAAGCAAGAAUGCCGGAGCUGUUAUCGGCAAAGGUGGCAAGAACAUAAAAGCCUUGCGUACAGACUACAAUGCCAGUGUAUCUGUCCCCGACAGCAGUGGCCCCGAGCGCAUCCUCAGCGUCAGUGCCGACAUCGAUACCAUCGGGGAAAUCCUGCUCAAGAUCAUCCCUACCUUGGAGGAGUACCAGCACUAUAACGGCAUUGACUUUGACUGUGAGCUGCGUCUCCUGAUCCACCAGAGCUUGGCUGGAGGCAUCAUUGGGGUCAAGGGAGCCAAGAUCAAGGAGCUCAGAGAGAACACCCAGACCACCAUCAAGCUCUUCCAGGAAUGCUGCCCCCACUCCACAGACCGCGUGGUGCUGGUCGGGGGCAAACCGGAGAGGGUCGUGGAGUGCAUCAAGGUCAUCCUGGAGCUGACCUCUGAGGCUCCUAUUAAGGGCCGAGCGCAGCCCUACGACCCCAACUUCUACGACGAGACGUAUGACUAUGGAGGCUUCACCAUGAUGUUCGAGGAGCGCGGUCGGCGGCCCAUGGGGGGGUUCCCCAUGCGGGGCCGCGGGGGCUUCGAGCGCAUGCCCCCGGGGGCUCGCGGCGGCCGCCCCAUGCCCCCCUCCAGGAGGGAUUACGACGACAUGAGCCCUCGCCGCGGGCCGCCCCCUCCCCCACCCGGACGGGGGGGACGCGGGGGCAGCAGGGCGCGGAACCUGCCCCUGCCACCCCCACCACCACCAAGAGGAGGGGGUGACCGGUUCUCACACCAGAGCUACCACGGGAGCAUGGAUGACCGACCAAAUGACAGAAGAGGACGCCCAGAUCGCUAUGACAGCAUGAGCGGAGGCUACGACAAUAACUCUUCUUGGGAGCCCUUCCAGUCAGGUGGCCGCGGGUCAUACAGCGACAUUGGAGGACCAGUCAUCACGACGCAAGUCACCAUCCCUAAAGACCUGGCCGGUUCCAUCAUCGGUAAGGGCGGUCAGCGCAUCAAGCAGAUCCGUCAUGAGUCGGGAGCCUCCAUCAAGAUAGACGAGCCUCUGGAGGGCUCAGAGGACCGAAUCAUCACCAUCACCGGAACACAGGACCAGAUCCAGAACGCACAAUACCUGCUGCAGAACAGUGUGAAGCAGUAUUCUGGCCGCUUCUUCUAGACGACGACGACACAACCACAAACCCCCCCAGCCAAACUGCCAUGAGCCCCAAACACACACGGCCCUAUACCCCAGAGGACCCUGUCCUGAAACCCCACUCCUCUACAAACUGGACUUCCUGCCCUGCCCAGCCCAGCCCAGCCCAGCCCAGCCCAAAACGGGACCCUUGCCCCACCUCUCAAGUCUCUCCUGCCUCAGAGCUGUAUCUCCUUGUCCCACUUCACUUCACCCCACCCCAGUCUCUCCUGCCUCAGAGCUGUAUCUCCUUGUCCCACUUCACUUCACCCCACCCCAGUCUCUCCUGUUUCAAAGCCACAUCUUCUCAAAGCCGACAUUCCUCUCUGCUUCUCUGGGUAGACCUGCUCCCCCCACACUCCACUUCACUCCACUGUCUCAUUCAUUCACACCGUAAUCCUGUUGUUUUUAAUAAAGAAACAAAAUAUUAUAACAUUAAAAAAAGAAACCAACAAACAAAAAAAAAGAAACUGGUAAGUGUAAAAUGUCUGGAUAUCUUUUAAGUGCAGCAGAAAGAGUUGGGUUGUUUAUCCUUUCUAUCUAGUAUGAAUUUCUAUUCUCUUCUCUACUCUUGUUUUUCCUUCUGGUUUUCUGUGUCUGUCUGCUGAGGGUGUGGAGGGAGCUCAUCUGUUUGUCCCAGUUUGUUUUGGCCUUAUCGGAGCUGCAUGCACUCUUGGUUGCAACCAUGCAGAAUGUAAUCCUUGUUUUGUAACGUUUUUAUUUUAAAGACAAAUAAAUGAAAAAAAAAAAGAAAUUGUUCACUUAUUUUGCCAUGUUAUUUUGCUUUCUUCACUUGUUGGAAAGGGUAAAAGACUUGUUUUUUGUUUUUCUUUUUAAAAAAAUUAUACGUAAAAUGUAAAUAUACAUGGAUUGUUUGGUGAGUUUAAAAUAUCACUCCAUAUUCUUUGAUUUUAAGAAAUUUUCAUCUAUAAUUGGGUGAAGCGGGAGCUGUAGGAUUGAAUGGGGUGCACUUUUGUCCUCUGUCAUUUUCCAACAACUGCAACAUCCCUCCUGGUUCACUACAACAUGUGCACUGCAAGGACAGGGAUGUCUAGGAGGGUUCAAGAUCCCCACCCUCUAGCCUUGACGAUGCUCUGUGUUUUUUUUGUACGUCUUGUUCUUAAACAUUUUUAACAUUUUAGAUGGGGAUCUUUGUGAGCACCUGUCAAGAAUGGGGAUGGGGGAGAAGGGUUGAAACUGAAAUAAAAAGACAGACACAAGAAGGCCAAGGUUGUUUUGUAUUAACAUAGUGGCGUAGCAUGUUCUUUCCUCCUCCAUGAAAUCGCAUCAUCUCUCUCUCUCUCUCUCUCUCUCUCUCUCUCUCUCUCUCUCUCUCUCUCUCUCUCUCUCUCUCUCUGUCUGUGCCCCACUCCUAUUGGCUCUCUCGGAUGUUCCGCUCCGCUCUGUGUAGAAUGUGCUGCCAGUAUCAAGUAAUAAAGUCUGUGCCACCUUUUACUAGUACACGACUGUGUCCUGUGAUUUUUAAACUAGUAUAUCAACUUUUUUUAACUUUGAAGCUGACUGUGUCCCGUAUUUUUUCUUGUACACCCGUCUCCAAAAGAAUUGUCGCCUAUCCAUCUGUUUGGAAUAACGGCUAAUAACCUGACUUUCAAUUAAUCACUUGGCUUCAGAAGUCACUCAUAUGAAAGCUACAACCCUCCCGAAUGAAAAUGUAUGUACAAAAAUAA